UCGAAAACGAAGGGGGUGGUGACAGGAGAGGGGUUGGGUUGACGUUCAAGAAAUGGCAGGAAAAGGAAAGGCUAAUGUGAGGAUUGAAAAUGAAAUCGAAAAGAGUAGAGAAGAAUCCGAUUGGAAAAGACUUAUAGAACUUGCGGAGCAACUGAAAGCUAGGUCUCCUAAUCAUGAUUGUCUGGCCAACUUUCUUAUUGGUGAAGGCAAGUUAGAAUCAUUUUUGGAAGAAGUUCCCCCUCUUGAAGCAAAUGUUGCCAAAGCAAGGUUUGGGCUAAUAGAGGUGAAACGAUUCCUCAAUGUAGCAGUCACUAAACAACCUGAUGAGUCUCUUGAUGCCAACCUUCUUCUCGGAAAGCUCAACUAUGCAAUGGGAUACUAUGAUGCCGCUCUGCAGCAUUAUAAUGCAGCAAAGCUACAAUCGUUGAGCGAAAAGCCACUUUUCUUGCGUAGUUUGCGCAUAGUUGCAGAAUCCUUUGCCAUCAAAGGCAUGUGCCUGGAGAAAGUUCCCCCAUCUUCUUCAUCAAAGUAUAAGCAGGCUGAAUGGGAAGAGCAAAUGUUGCAGUGUUAUCAGACUGGUGGGGACCUAGCCCUGCUUUAUUUACAGGAUGUAGACAAACUUAAUCAACAAGGCACUAUGGCUACUAGUGGCUCGCAUUCCCCUCAACCACCAAAUCCUCAAAAGCAAAUAGGACCCAUUCUCGAAAAUGCUAUUCAACGGUCUCCUUUGUUGUACAUUAAAGUUGGAAAAACCCAACAGGCAGUCAAUCGUUACAGAGCUGUUUUAAGUGCUGUGGAGUCCAGCUCCACCCAAGCUCUACGCCUGGUUCUCACGAGACGCUUGGCUGAAGUUAUCCUGCGGGGAGUCAGCCCAGCUGAAUAUACAUGCCCUACGAACACCUCUGAACCAAGUUACAGGAGAGGCCUGCCUGCUGCAAGUAAGACAGAUAGUCCUUGGAAGCCAAAGAAAUAUGGUGGUCACAAUCUUUUUGUUCCCAGAAAUGAAAAUGAGGAAAUAAUUUUACUCUUGUUAAUAAGUGAGUCAAUGGCCGUCAGAGAAGCGGUUUUAAGUCAGUCCCCUGAGUUCAAAGAAGUCCGCAUUAGAGCUUAUGGUAAUGCAUCUGCUGUAUAUGAUCUACUUACUGUUGCGUUGGUGCGUUGGGGUCAAGUAGACCUCCUUACUGAGUCCUUUGAAAGAGCCAUGAAAUUCUCUGCCAAUGAACCUAUGGCCUGGCUGCAGCAUGCUCUGUGCUUAAUAACGGCAGGUAAACAUGCGCAUGGACUUUCUGUGUUGCGAGAAGCAACUAUUCUGGACCCUGCAAGUGUCAGUCCAUGUCUAGUGGCAGCUCGUGCAUGUUAUGAAACCCUAAACUUAAUCCCUGAAGGUUUAGAAUGGAGUCAAAAAGCUUUAGAGAGAGAACUCACCAGGCCCCAACAUUUAGAAUCACGGUGUUAUUUGUACUUCGGCAUUGGAUACAGUUUGCAGGCUGCCAAUACACAUCUGCGAAAAGAGAAGGAAGAACUAAAUAGUAAAGCCCUCCAAUCCUUUGCAAGAGCUCAUCACAUUGACCCAAAUGAUCAUCUUAGUGAAUACUAUUUGGCUCUACAAAAAGCAAACGCAUGCAAAGUGCAAGAAGCCAUACGUCAUGUCAAAUCUGCUCUGCAACUCCGUGCUGACCAUGUCCCCUCUCUUCAUCUUCUUGUGCUCUUAUUAUCAGCCCAAAAGCAGCACCAGGAAGCACUGUCUCUUGUACAUGCGAUACUUGAAGAAUACCCUGAUAAUUUGAACAUUAUGUAUGUUCAAGCUCACUUGGAACUUGAAGUUCAUGGUGGAGAGUGCGCGCUUUUAACUGGAAAGAAAAUGCUUGCCAUAUGGAAAAAUCUUUAUGAAGAUCAAACUUCUAAUGAAUCUCUUGACCAAUCCGAAAGAAGAAGUGAGACUCGAAGUGUGUUUAAUCUGUAUCAUUCUGGAAUGUCUGACAAAGAUUCAAGUUCUCUUCAUGCUCAUUCUUUGGCUGCAUCUCGUGUAGAACAGGCAUUGUCAGAAGUAGCAUCAACAUUAAGUUCGUUUACACCAAGACCGGGGCCUCAUCGCUCAUGGAUGUUGCAACUUCAUGUGUGGUUGCUUUUGGCAGAAAUUUACCUUUCAAUGGACCAGCCGAGCUCUGCAAUUUUGUGCAUUCAAGAAGCAACCAAUAUCUUUGCUCUUUCCCACCAUAUUAUGUAUACUAGAGGGUUACUGCAUGAGCACAAGCAAGAAUUUGUUGAAGCAAAACUGUGCUACCAAAAUGCACUGGCAAUCCAUCCUACGCAUAUUAAAAGCAUGCAACAUUUGGGUUUGGUCUACCAUUAUCUUGGAAGUCAUCGUAUUGCAGAGAAGACACUACGCGACGCUGCCCGUAUUGACCCCACAUCUUAUCUUACGUGGUACAAUUUAGGGAAAGUCCUUGAGUCUCUGGAGGAAUUUGAUACCGCAACUGAUUGCAUGGCCACUGCUUUGGAAACCGAAACUACAAGUCCAAUUCUGCCCUAUUCCACAAUACCUCUCACGUUUGACUGAAGUCCUUGUCCUUGCUUUCAAUAAUGUCUAUGUCAGGAAAACUGUUUCUCAGUCGACUGAAAUACAACUUCGCAAAGCACUGUAAUAUAUCAGGAUAGGGGACUGUGAUCAUCUUCCUCCAUCUGAUGCAACCGUCAUCAUUUGGGAAUGUUGAAAAGUCAAAAGUAGUGUAGAAGCUUUCUUUGUAAAGAUAAGAAUAUUUAAAGAUAAGGCUUAUGUCAUGCUUCAAUUAUUAAUUAUUAUGUUGUUAUUCUAAUUGCUAAUUUCUAAGAGUUCCUCAUUCAUGUUGGAGCUUGUGAUUGUUACCCCCUGGUAUUGAACACAUCAUUUGAAACAAAUUUUUAUUUUGGAUUUGUUUUAUUUCACUGCAUUUUGUCUAGAAAAUAUCAAGGAUUACUUUAUACCUUCAAUUUGGGCAAGUAUACACAUUCCACAUCUGCAUUGUAUUUUAUCUUCUACUAUACCUCUAAACUAUGUAAUUUGGAAAGCAGUAAACUUUAAAUCGACUCUGUGACUGCCCCUUUGCUGUUUGUAUUUUCUAACUACUUGGUACUGUUGGUAAACAGAAUUUGAUGUAGCAUCUCAUGUACAAAAUUUGGUUAGCUAUUGUCAACCAUGUUACCGUGUAAAAGUUAAAUUAUUUUUAGAAUUUUAUUUUUUAAACAUUCCUCUGAGGCAAAGCCUCAGCCCCAAUAUCUCCAUCAUUAUUUUUUCGGUUCGUGAAAUGUUAGUCUCAUAUGUGAAGUCAUGUCGCAAUUUGAGCUCUGAAAAUUUUCUAAGAAGUUUGGUGGCUCUAGUUGAGUCCUCCUUCCUCAUCUCUAAGGAAUGCAUUUGGUCAAAAUGAACUCACAUUCUUACUUUUCUUCUAUUAUUUUCCUUUCUCGCUUGACUGUGUUCACUGGUAUUUACCAAAACAUCUUUGUGUGAUGACAUUAGUGUAAGUUUCACAUGUAGCUAUUUCAUUGUUUGUUAUCAGUAAAUGUAAAUUGUACCUGUUGUAUUAUCACCCUUGUUGUGCAUGAAUCAUGGUUAUGCCACAAAUUUCCUUUCAGUUUCCUUUUCAUUAGUGUCCAGCAUAUUUGUCUCUGUGCUAGCCUUACUUAACAUGUGCCAGACUUAAGCAAGAGUGUUGUUCCAUAGUCUGUGUUGUCAUAGUUGCAUUUUUACUCAGGUGAAUUUAAAUCACUUGACUAGAACAAUUCAUUAGGAUAGGUUAGGCUUUUGAGAAAGGAAAGAACAAGCUUGAGAGAAAUUUUUAACAAACAAAAUAAACAGUAGAGUAGCGCCUCAUCUUUCGUGAAACUGUUUGGAAUUCUUCAGCUAAAAGGCCUAACUUUGUGUGAAAGCUUUCCUUUCCUCUGACUGAAUAAUUUAUUGUUAUCACUAGCACUUAUUGUUUGUUGAACCGACUCGGACAAUAGCGCCUUCAAAUUUCUCCAAAGGCGCAUUUUUUAUGUGUUAGUAAAAUGUUUAUUUGUUCUGACCUCCUGAAAGCAAUUUGUCAGUAAAUCACUAAAUGAACAAUUUUUAACAAUUUCGUAAGUUAGUCUACGUAACAUUCAACUCCAAAUGUAUAAAGUUUUGCUCCUCAGAAGAUUUUUUUUGCUGUUUGAUUCUUGUUCCUAAACUGUUCCUCAGUACGAGGUGCAUCCUAGGCUUUGAAUGGCAAUACUGGAGUUUUUGUUUUAAGUUGGUAUCUAUGUCUCUCUUUACUAAUGGUACUGCAAAAGUUGUCAGUAAUGUAGUAUUUUAUAAUAUUUGGUGUGCCUGUGUAUGUAGGGAUUCUUGUUAAAAUGUCUUGUUAUACUAAUUUUGAACAAAAUGAGGUUUUAUUGUUAUUCUAGUGUGUAUGGAUGGUGGAUUUUUUAACAUAAUAUUAUUGUUAACCUGUUAUAUUAUGUAUGUUAGUCAAGUCAUGGAAGGAGAGAGAAAAUUGUUUGUUUUCCUUAUUCUAUAUCCUUUUAUCUCCCUGAAUUUUAUGCCUUAAUUGAGUACCUUCAGGCAGCUCCAUUGUAUAUCAGUGUCCACCUCUCAAAGUAUUUUCUGGAAACUUUUUGUGCCAUUAUUUACUGUAACUAUUAAUCUCCGUAGUCACAAAUUUUAUUUAUGUUUUGGAAUUGAAAAAAUACUAAUACUGAUGAUGAUGAUAAAUUUUCUUUGUGGAGAUACAGAUGUCUUCUAUAUUUUUUCUAAACAUGUGUUAUCCUGGCUUGUUGAUGCAAUAAGAAGAAACAUGUCUUUUGACAUGUUGCUUUAAAUGACAAAAGUUUGUCCAAACGGAAAUUGAUACUACCACUUGUCACCUCUUCUGUGGGUGCCUUAUUGUUCCCAAUUUUGACCCAAAUGUGUGUUUCAUCUAUUUUUCUAUUGUUUCAUUUCCUUUGUGUUGAUGGAACUAUAUCAAUGUGUUACCCAUCUGAUGGUUUUGUGUGCCUUUCUCUUAUAAUUUCACAAGGUGGUUCCAUAUUAAGUGUCCAUUUUUGUGAAAAUCAGUGCCAUGAAACAUUUAUCCCUGUAUUUGUGUGUACUGUAUCAGAUGUCAAACACAAGUUCUGAAAAGUUAAAUACAUUGAAGUACUCCUAGCUGGAAAGUGUGCUUUGUUUCUCAUUCAUUGCAAUUGUUGUACUGUUGCUCUUGUAACUUGAAAAAAAUUAUGGCCAGUAAUAUUUUGCACUUUUUGCAGAAGUUGAUGCUAAGCAUGUUUUGGGAGACCUGUUGGUUCAUGCAGUAUUAAGAGUUGAAUUAUGCCAGUGGGAUGUCACAGUUAAAAAAUCUUAAUUCAUUUGUAUUUGUCUGCCUCAUCCCUCUUCUCUUGCAUAAUCAAUUUUAAUUUCACCAAAUCUCUGUUAGAUAGUGUAAUUUUUCUGUUAUGUGAUAGGUAGAAGAAUGUGUUUUAUUAAAAUAUCCUUAUUAUUGUUAUUUUAUGUUUUGCUCAAUGUUUACAAGGUUUAAUGAUUUGUGAUUUUAUGAUUUAUGCUUGGUGGAGUGGAAUUAUAAUUGCACGUUGUAGUCUUUGUCAAGUUGGUAAUUGGUCAAGCAUAAUUUGGGUUUUGCUUUUAAAAAAAUCUUGGUUAAAAUCUUUCCUGUUUUUCUUUGUAGUUUUGACGGGCUCAAGCUGUGAUGUAGUUCUAUCACCCAAAUAUUACUAAGUUUGAACUUAGACCAAACUUGUGUUGUGUUUCUUUGUUAAGUAUACUUUGUCACACUGUUCUUUCCGACACAUUUUCUGUUUUCUGGUGGAAUGUGGAUGUGUACUCCUACUGUGCAUCUGUGUUUUCUUGUAAAUAAAGUUAUUGUGGUUACCCCUAA